AUGAAAUGUACCACGUAUGACUACGAGAAUACAUACUCUACCGUAUACUAUAACGGAGCCGUUCUGCUUCCAACGAAGGUGCCUCGCGGCCGUCUCGACCUCCCGGCGAUAGUGGCUCAGCACGAGAAUGCAAGCGAACUCAGAAGCAGCUGUCGCAAAGCAUCGCCGCUACCUGCUGCGAGUGCCCUGAAAGGGAACGAUGCGGAGAUCCCGAAUUUGCAGCAGAGGAAGUCAGAGCAGGGGCUAACGCAGUGGGGAUGGAGCGCUUCCGUGGAGGAGGCCACCGAGGCCACGUGUGCGAGCGGAGAGGUCACGCUGCGGGAUUUCCAGCCAGCCGGAGUUGCUGAGACCUGCUGUCCAAGAUCGAAAGUGGCUUGUGCUGGUUGCGCAUCUUUCACGGGAGGUUCUUCCUGCCAGCGAUGUGCUGAGGGCUUCAUCAUGCGUGAGGGCAAAUGCACGGCAUGCACGAACUCUGGUGGCUGGCUCCUGGGAGAAAAUAUAGGGGGUUUAGGGAUGCUUAGGCCAGGGUUUAGGAUUGGAAUUUCUUUGCUCUGGAUGUUCGCGUUCUUUGUUCCCGAGAAGGAAGAUAGAUCGGCAGCGCUGAUGCACAGUCUCACCAUGAACGAAUAUGAGUUUCCCCAUCGGAACUGUUUUAUUGUUGCUGCCGGCGUGGACGAUAUCUCAUGGACUUCGUCUAUCAUAGCGCACAUUUUGGGAAGUGCCAGGGCUGGCCGUAGCAGUGCUACGUCUGUAUUCUCAAAACUGUUUGCGACCAUUAAACGCUCCCAGAGGCUCAGCGUGGACGGGAAAUCCUGCAUGCAGCUGGCGGCGAGUGAUUGCAGCGACGAGAAGGUGAGAGGCCAAUCGAGCAAUGAGGCUUGCUGCCAGUGCGGUGGUGGCAUCGUUACGCAACUUGCCGGCAGGUAG